AUGACCAUUAAACUGCUAGUGUUCACCUUGCUUGCUGUGGUGAAGGAAACUCUGGGGAGUUCUAGUAGGUACACCUCGGCCCCAGUGCCGGUAGAGACGCUCCUCGCACUUGGCGUGGCAUCCAAGAACUACUCUGGCGUGAACGACGUCCUCUGCGCACUCCGGGCUGCUCUGGACGCUCCACCCUGCCCGGCCCCUUUCGACUGGGUUCCAGACGUCGGUUGUGUGGCUGUGGUUGAGACAAACCGGCCGUACGACGUCGCCAAGACCUCGUGCCCAGGAGGCUCCCAGCUCGUCUCUCUCUACAGCGACAACUUCUUCAAGCUCGCUGCCUACGUGUACCAAAAGUCAUUCGUGCCGAAGGGUUGGUCUGGUGGUUGGUGCUUCGUGGGGCUUCACCGCAACAACCUCGUGUGGACUUGGCGCACCGGCCAAGUCAUGUCCGGCUUGCCUGGUUCAGGACUUUGGGGACCGCUCGAGCCCAACGAUAACUCAGACUGUGCAUUUCUCUUGUUCGUUAACGGAGCCCCUUACCUUGGGGACCGGGCGUGCACAAUUCCUUCAUGGUCUGUGUGUGCACUGCAGUGAUGUCCGGAUGAUGUGUGCACUGCAGUGAUGUCCGGAUGAUGUGUGCACUGCAGGCUAAGUUAUCAGUAACUAGUAGCUUUAAUCUCCGGAUGAUUAAUACUAACAAAUUGAGAUGAUGGCCGAUUCAGAGACGCGGUUCUAGCUGGAAUAAAAUGGCUACUUACUUGAAUGCAUUAUACUAUCUUUCCAUUAUGUUGUCAUUAAAAAGUAACUGUGUCCAGAAAGGACGAACUGGUAAUUACUAACAUUUCAGUCCACUCAUCACUCAUGUACAGUAGUUUUGCACACUUUGCGAUCUCAAAACCACUCUUAAUGUAUAGGUCCGACUAGACUGCUAUAGCCUUGUCUUUCGGCCGGGCAACCCUUUUCGCAUUGACAUUGAAGCGCAAUUUCUCUGGCCCCUGCCAUGGCUGAUAGAUUCUUUUUCAAUACCACGGCCUGACUGAAGUCGGCAAAAAUUGGAUUUGAUAAACUAACGUCAUUCAUCCGCCGCUGGCUGACGUUGGUUAGCUUAUUUUUUCUGUUAGUGUAAAUUUUUCAAACCUUGCGGUUUU